CCUUACCUCCGCCCCCUCUUCACUGCAUUCCUUGAAGGCGCACUGGAAACUCUCCUUCGAUUCUGCCGUGAGUUUGCCCCUGAUGGCACAAUUGCCCAGCUGUCACCAGGAAAACGGGAGCUCGCACGGAUGAAUAGCACCAAUGACGCGAACGAGGGUGCGUUAGGAACCCUGCGAGUUUCGAUGCGACACGCUCCUCGGAUGUCCCUCACCCAUUUCAACGCUCGUCUGAAAUACAAGAAAAAUCAGACUGGGACUUACGUGAAGACUUCUCUGGGCCCAACUGCACGAAAAUACUUGCGGAAGAGGGCCCGCAUCAACGAUACUGCAGGAAUGGAGAGGAAACGAAGGAUUGCACAGGUAGAGUAUGACAAAUAUGUAGUCCAGCGGAACCGCGAGAAAGAUCAGAAGAAAAAGGAACGUCGUGAGGCUGCAGCUGCGAAACUUGCUGCCGUUGUGCCUCGUCUUAUGCAGGAGGACAUCAACAAGAUGCGCGUCUCUGAGCUGGACCUGCAGAUCCGCUGGCAUCGCCAAUUCGACUCACAAAUGCCCGCAGCGAAGGACCUUAAAGGCAAGAAAGCACCGGAGAAAAGGGCCAUUCUGGCAGCUGCAGCAGAGCGGCUUUCUAGUGGGGAAGUAGGACCCAACACCGACGAGGCUGCGACGAUGCAGGAAAUUGAGGGACAUGACACCACCAAUGUUGGGGCUCUCUUAGGGGACUCCGAUGAAGAAAAUGACUCGUAG